AUGGUAACGUGUCUACGUCCUUAGGUGAUGAAGUGAAACAUCAAUUUCCCAAUUCAAUCCAUCGCUGCUCCCUUCCACUCACCGCUCGCGAUCAACACCGUACUUCUCUACUCAUUGCAUUUUCUUCAUUCUUAAUCGAUACUCAUCUUCAAACUUUACCUAAAUUUUUCUUCUUUAACCUCAUCUUCUCGAAUAUGUUAGGUCAAAAUGAAAAAAUUUUGCUUGUAAAGAAGUUGGGGCUAUUUUUUAUGUUAGGCCCUGCACAAAAUGAAUUAACUUUUGAAUACUUGGAGGAAAAUAUUAAUCAAUAAGUUUCUACCGUUUGAUUUGGUUAUACUACUGUCAUGGUUUUAAAUUGCGGCUGUAGUCUCGCUAGAUUCUUGAUCCUGCGGGAAGAUUGUGGAUGAUGGAACUGGGGUUGUGAACCACAGUUUAAAACCAUGAAUACCGAUAAAAAAAAGUUGCUAAUUUGUCGAAUCUUUGGUCUUUUACGUGUGGUAACUUAAUUGUUGUGUGAGACUAGAGGCAAAACAGAAGAUUUCUAACUGUGUUACAACUUAUUGUAAUUGGAGGAUGAUUUAUUAUUAGACUAUUGUUAUCCAAAAUAGUGUAAUUGUUUCAAAAAUUUAGUUGAAUGGUAGUGAGUCAUGAUUCUAUGGAGCUCUUCAUAUGUAGUGUAGUUUUUCUUCCAUGGUUGUAGUUCCGAGACACCAAACAGGCCACGUGUGUUUCAGUAUUCUCUUUUUCUAGAUUCUUUGAUUUCUUAAAAGUGCCGUGUACUCGGGUCUUUUUGAACCUUCUUUGUUUUGUCACUCAUUCAUGUUCAGCACAGACCUUGAAUUUUGAAUUUCUUUAAAACUUCGAAUCUCCCUCAUCCCUUUUUCUGGUUUAGAUUUGGUUCUUUCUAAAUCAUGGGGUGCUACAGAAGGGGAGCUCUUGAUCACCUUCGCAUCUUGGCUUCGAGAUUUAUGCCUCAGAAUCCAACUUUUCGGCAUAGUUUUAGGAGUUGCAAAUCUUGGUAUUUGAAUUCAGGUUCAAAAGGGGCUAUUUUUAAUGGGUUCUCUUCAUGGCGUUCGAUUUCUCAGAGACUGGGGGCAAAAGGUGUUGUUGGAGUUAAUGGUAACUUUCACAAUCUCUUUCCUUUGGGGGCUAAGAGACUUUACUGUAUUGAUCCAUAUAAUGUGCAACAUUUCAAGCCAAGGGGACUAAGGCAUUGGUUUAAGAAUUCUAGAAAUGUUUUUGUUGUGAUGGUUGGUUCAGGGGUUUUAAUCACUGUCUAUUUUGGGAACUUGGAAACGGUUCCUUGUACAAACAGAACCCAUUUGAUUCUGUUGUCAAAAGAAUUUGAGAGGAGGCUAGGUGAGCACGGGUUUGAAAAAGUUAAAGUCAAUUUUAACGGGAACAUAUUGCCUCCAAUACAUCCUCAAAGUGUGAGGGUGACAAUGAUAGCUAGGGAAAUAGUUGAUGCAUUACACAGAGGGUUGAGAAAGGAUAAGAUGUUGAAUGAUUUGGGGUAUACAUCAGAGCAUACUAUGCUGGUUGAAGGAGAUGGAAGGGAGACAUUGAGUGGAUUGGUUGGUAAUGAAGAGAAAGUUGAAAGGAGUUGGCACGAGGGGGAUAAGAUUCUUGAUGAGAAAAAAUGCUGGAAAUAUGAUCAGGAAAGAUGGUCAAAAGCUAGUACCUCACAUUUGGAUGGAUUGAAUUGGGAAAUUUUGAUUGUAAAUGAGCCAGUUGUUAAUGCCUUCUGCUUACCUGGUGGGAAGAUAGUUGUGUUUUCUGGUUUGUUUGAGCAUUUUCAAAGUGAUGCAGAGAUAGCAACUAUUAUAGGGCACGAGGUUGGGCAUGCUGUUGCAAGACACAGUGCUGAGGGGAUUACAAAGAAGUUUUCGUUUGGUAUUCUACAAUUGAUACUUUAUCAGCUUGUCAUGCCUGAUAUUGUCAACAUAGUGUCAUCCAUUUUCUUCCACCUACCUUUCUCCAGGCGGAUGGAAAUAGAAGCUGAUUACAUUGGGAUGCUGCUAAUUGCAUCAGCAGGGUAUGAUCCCCGGGUGGCACCUGGAGUGUAUGAAAAGUUGGGAAACAUUGGUGGUGAUUCUACCGGAAUGGAUUAUCUCUCUACUCACCCGCCUGGUAUACAAAGAGCAGAAUUUCUGGCACAACCUAACAUAAUGGAAGAAGCGCUUAGCAUAUAUAGAGAUGUAAGAGAAGGACGUAGGGUUCAAGCUUUUCUUUAGGACUGCACAACCAACACUUGUGUCUGCAUCUGUUUGUUACAAUACUCUUUUUUCAACACAAAAAUAUGGGAAUUAUCAACUAAAUAGACACAACUGUUUUUUUUUUUCUUGUGUCACUGGAAAUAUAACGUUUUGCUCCUAUGUCCAUCAAAUUUCCUAAGAUUUGUAAAUAGUGUGUGACUAAAUA